AUGAGACUAAAAGCUGUUUCUGGUAACACACUUCUUGGUGGAGAAGAUUUUGUCAAUCGCCUUGUGAAUCAUUUUUGCACAAGUAUUCACGCGCAAUUUAGGAAAGACCUUAAAAAGAAUGCAAGAGCUCUCCGUCGAUUGAAAAAUGCAAGUGAAUGUGAAAAAUCGUGA